AUGUCUUUGUAUAUUCCACUUGGCGCCAGACACCGCAAUCACCUCCAAUUUGUGCUCCCCAACGGGAUCAAUGUCCUGUUGAUCUCGGACCCAACUCAGGAAGCCGCGGCGUGCGGUCUUUCCGUGGCCGUUGGCCAUCAUUCGAAUCGGGACGACACUAUCGGAUUGGCCCAUUUUUGCGAACACAUGGUUUGCGUGAGCUCUAAAGAAUAUCCUGAGACGGACUUGUGCAAGAAGCUUGUGUACUGCAGUGGUGGCAGAUGGAACGCUGCGACGGUGGGAGAGAGAACGUCCUUUUACUUUGAGGUGCCAGCGUUCAACAGCAACGGGACGCCAGAUCUUUGUGUGUAUGAGGAAGUGAUCAGUGUGUUUUCCUCCUGCUUUAGAAAUCCGACAUUCAACAAAGGCUACGCAAGACGAGAGAUUAUGGCCAUCGACAGUGAGCACACAAAAAAUUGUUCUGUGGUUGGGAAGAUGGCCCAUCAUGCUCUGCGGCUGCUGGCCAGCCCGGGACAUCCGUUCCAUCGUUUUAGCACAGGCAACUUCGACACCCUUUUCAGGGGCCGGAAGACCAAUUUGCACGAUGAGCUUGCCCGCUUUUACGAGCAGAAUUACCAGGCCUGGAAGGCUGGCCUCGUUCUCAUGGGCCCCCAAUCACUCAAUGCUCUCAAGAAGUUGGCGAUUGCAAACUUUUCGCAGUGCAUGAUAUCCCAGAGGACAGAAACGAGCAAUGUGCUCAAAACCUGCUGGGCUCCUGUCUACCGGUCGCCAGUUUUUACAGAUUUGGGGAGAAUGGUUUUGAUCGAAAGCGCAAACACCACACCUACUCUGAGGAUAUGCUUCCCAUUUACAGCAGACGGCAAGGACCAGCUUAUCUUCGCACAUGCGUGGAGCUACGUGAUGGGCAGCGAAAACGAGGUCUCAUUCAAUUCAGAGCUGUUCAAAGCAGGUCUGAUUAAAAGCUCAUAUUCCGCAUGUCCGCUAAUCACAUUCAAGGACCGCCUAUUACAGCUCGAAUUGAAUCUGACCAUGGCCGGCACAAGAGGCUACGAGAGAAUAUUUGAGUAUCUCAUCCGGUACACCCAGGAGGUUUUCUCACCCGAUCCAAAGCGCGUUAAGAGGAUAGCCAAGCUGCUGUCGCAGUUCAACUCCAUUGAGCUAUAUAAUUUUCUGCACCACGACACAGAAGUGUCUGCUUCCUCGCAAUGCCGGAGCCUCAGCCAGAUGCUACUUGACGACCAGCGUGCCUACUCCGAGUGGCUACUGAAAAAUGCUCCUUGUUGGGGUUUUAGCGACUCUGGUUAUGACGGGUCGUAUGAGGAGUCUUUGGAAGCACAGACGUGGUGGAAGGCAAAAUCAGAACAGUUCUGUGCCCAAGUUCGCUCGACAGUGUGCAAGGAAAAUAUUUUGGCUACCCUGGUAGCCCCGGGAAAUGUUCUUGCACAAUUUGGAAAGCAAGAGUACGGGGUUGAUCCAUACUAUGGCUUCCAUUACAGAAUCUUGCCGAUAACAUACUGUGAAUCGGACUUUCAGGUGCGACUGCCGCGGCCAAAUCAGUUCGUAGUUGGCCAGAUUGACAACCAGACCGGUCUGUAUGAGCUCUUGCAAUCUACUCUGGAAUCAAGCCGCAACUUCAUCUAUGCAAGCAAGGAGGAAACGACGCCACCGGAGCUAGUCCUUUCAUCCAAACAAACCCAGCUCUGGUUGAAACAAGACCGUGACAAGUACCGUGGAAAAGCCUAUCUUAGUUGCGAAAUUACCAGUGCCACUAUUGAACCGAGCGUGCGGUCGACUUUGUCGCUGGAGAUCUUUUGUGACGUAGUCAAGGAACUGCUCCGUGAAACGCUUUAUCCUGCUCUGGAGCUGUGGUACGCCUACGAUCUUCUUCAUUCCAUGAAGGGGACCUGCGGUUUGGUGAUUCAUGUCUCGGGUUCCACAGUGGGGAUCUACAAUAUCCUGGAGAUACUCACUAACAAGCUGCGAGAGUUGAACGACAACUUCCUGUCGCUAGUGACGCCUUCCAUAUUCCGCCAGUCCCGCAUCAGGAUCAAAAUGAAGUAUGAGAACCUGCGCACGCUGCGGUCUCACGAGCUGGCGUCUCUAGGUCUUCUUUCCGUUCUUGAGCCGGGAACGUGGCCACUGGAAGAUCGGCUUAAAACCCUUGAGGAGCUGGACAUUGAGACAGUAGCCGCAACAGUCAAAGCCACCUUUGAAAGCUGCCAGUUGACAGCACUACUGCACGGCGACGUUUCAAGGUCGGAUUACCAGUGCACGGUAGACACUCUGAGGAUGCUUGUGGCGGAGUUCGCCUCACCUCGGUACAAGCAGCUACAGACGCUGUCUCUGCCACCAGGUUGCAAUUUCCGGAUCCAUGGCUUUUCACCGGACGAAACUAACGCUUUGGUGUAUUACAUUCAGCUUGGAGCACGCAAAAAUAUAAGGGACAGAUCGCUAGCGAGGUUCGUGGCGUACAUCUACUCGACGUUCCUCACAGCAAAAAUCAGAACUCAAUACCAGCUGGGGUACGUUGCUUUUGCUGGGCUUCGGACACUCAAGGACACCGUCGGAGUUCAUGUGACAAUCAUGAGCGGUGAUCACGAGCCGUUGGACUUGGACGCAAAGAUAGACGACAUUGUGGCCGAAUGGAUACGGGAAUUUGAAAAAAAUAGCAGCAAAUAUCCAGAGAUAGUGAAACAGUUCAUAAAGUCUUUGAACCAACCAGCGAGCGAGAAUUCUUGUUUGACCUUUGGAGUCGUGGGCAGAAGUCUAGGCGACGGGAAAUUGAUUAAGGAACACCAGGGUUUCUGGAACCAGAUACUUAACCAGUCGCUGAAUUUUUCAGCCUCUGGCGAAGACAAGAUCGACGUUGCAGUGAUUGAGAGUCUACAGUUUUCCACUCUCAUCAAGUACCUGAGAACGAAGCUGGUUUCUGAGGAACGCUCAAAGCUCUCUGUUAUGCUCUCUACCAAGCUGUCGCAUGAGGAAGCAGCAACAAAACUUCGGCCCAUACGGUUGCAGACUUUUCUCACUGCGGCAGGCUUGCCCAUCAAGCGCGAAAAGCUCGAAAAGCUUCUGGACCAAGCAGGAGAGUCGCAAGCACAGCUUGCAAGACUUUUAUUCAAGCACUACCAAGAGGAAGGAGGCUCGCUACGGCUUAUCUCCAGUACGGUGAUGAAGCUCACCAAAGACGUGUUUGCGAGAUCUAAAAAGGCGGACAUUCCAAGGCCGUCCUCGACAGAGAUUAUCAACUUGGUCUCGUGGAAAAGCCACAUGCAGAAAGGAAUUGCACAGAACUAG